AUGAACGCAGAAGAAGAAGAAGAAGAGACGCAGAGGAAGAGGAGAGCUUUGAUAAACGGGUUUUCCUCCUCGUUCGAGGGAAGGAGAGACGAUAUCGCGAAACGGGUGGAACUGUUUAGGAGAGAUACAGAAGAAGAAGAAGAAGAAGAAGAAGAACAUCAUCAUAAUAAUCGGGAAUUCACGAACGCGCUGAGAGAGGCGCUUCGAGAUGUCUCGUCGACGAUGAACAAACGAGAAGAAGACAAAAAAGAAGAGAACUGUUUAACAUCGUUGAGUAGUAAAAAAUCCAUCGCCACGCAGACGGAACGAAAUGUGAAAAGGAUCAUGAACAAACGGUUGGAGCGGGUGAAGAAGAUGACGGAUUACGUCGCCGUCGCGUCGUGGGGUGGUGGUGGUAAGAGUUUUAGCGUCGAGGAUGAUGAUACCAGGAGAUUGUGCCACGACGCGAGGAUGAUGAUGGAAGAAAAGAAGAAACGGUUGAAACCGGGAAGCGCGGCGUCCACUCGAAGGAUUACCAAGCCGUUAAAAGACUGGAUGUACGAGAACGUUCAUCACCCGUAUCCGUCGAGAAAAGAGAAGAUGGUUCUGUCGCAGGCGACUGGGAUGUCUCCAGGACAAAUUUCAAACUGGUGCAUUAACUUUAGAGGAAGAAAAAUGAGGCCUCUCGUUCGCGAGUUUGUCGAGGAGGCGCGUAAAGUAGUACAGAAGUAG